AUGGCUGCUUUGGAAGCCUUCCUGCCUACGGGUUGCAGGUACUGCAGUGCAAUGCCAGCUCUGGACAAGUUCUCAUGCUCCAGAGUUGUGCCUACUGUCAGCCCUGGCUGCAGGAGCUCUUCUGUAGUGCAUCCUGCCUGGAUGGCUGAGCCCCUCACCCCCCAGAGGUGCCAAUGGAUUACCCACUGCCCCUCCUCCCCUGACCCAGCAUGGAAGAGGCUGAGUGCAUCAGGGAGAUCAGUGGGCUUAGAUGGCAACAUCCCUGUGUUGGUGAGAGGGGAACAAGAUGGAUUUUACUACCGUGGUACAGUAAAAGAGGAGGUAGAGCAGAAUGAAGGAAGCAUGUUCCUGGUAGAGUUUGCCAAACCACUUGUGUCACAUGGAAGGCAUCCAGUGUGUGUACAAAAAACAGCAAAGGAUGACAUCCUAGAAUACGUGAACAGGAUGAAGCACUCGUUACUCCCUGGAGACAAAGUGCUGGCACCCUGGGAGCCAAAUAUGGCCAGGUAUGGCCCUGGAACUGUCCUUACAGGCAUUGAGAUAAGGGACCCCUUACAAGCCUCAGAAGAUGAAGGAAUUAUGGUCCACUUCUGGAAUGACAAGAAAGUCAAGCUUCCGCGAGGUGUGGCUGUCUGGAUCCCUCCUAGCCUGUGGGAAAGGAUUGUAGAGAUGAUCCAUAUGCCCUUCACCAGCAGGGCGAAGCCUGGAGAGAUUCCAGACACUAACUGUUGCAUUUGUUCCUACAGUCCUAAACCAGCCCUGAUUCCCAUUUGUGCUGUACCUAGCCUUGCCAAGCACUGCUUGCUUUGCUCACCCUGCUGGCUGUGUUUCCACUAUCACUGUGGCUGUAUAAGCUGCUUGUCAGCAUAUGUAAGCAUCUGUUGCUGUCAUCCCCAUGUGAGUGCCUGGUGGCCUCUUCCAUGCAGGUGUCUGGUAUUUCAAAGUGAAAUGGAAGAGGUAGAGUCCAGUGGUCAGCCCCCUCUGUGCCUUCUAGAAACAAAAAGCCCCAGACCAGAAGCAGCAGCAGCUGUGGCACCAUCUUCUCCCUCUUAUGAUUCAGAGUGGGAGCUGGAGCCAUUCACCACUCAGAAUACUGCAGUGGACAGUGCUGUUAACACAGGCUCCAGCUGUCUUGAGAAGCCCAGGCUAAAGGAUUCUGCAAGAUCUGAGUGGGAAUACUGGAAAAGAAGCCACCACAAGUCCCAUCCCAGUAAUUCAGCUCUCCUUUUAGCAUAUAAUCCAAUGGAAAACUACCAGAACAUGAAAUCCAUGCAGAAUAACCUGAAAUAAUUCCUUUUAAGCUUAAAGUGCAUUUCCCUCUCUUUGGAAAUCAAUGUUUCUCCAUUUCAGUUCUGGUUUCAUUCUCAGAUACCAUUUUAUUCCUUCCCAGGACUUGUGAGUUGCGGCAGCACAUGUGCAAAGAGCAAGCUGGAACCCAAAGACAUCUCUACUGGGGACACGUUCAGUGUUGCCUCUACUAAUCAUAGUGCAAUGCUUGAAGCCAUCGAGCAGCAUCCCAGAAGGCAGGUCACAAUGAAAGAAAUCUUAAGAGACCAAGACUUCAACCUGUCAAUGAGGGAAGAAGGUUUUGUGGCAUCAGAAAAACAAAGAUAUAAAACAGCAAGAAAGAAAACAGAGUUAGAUGAUAAACAUAAAGCAACUUACAUACAGGAUGACAAACUUGACGAUACAGACCAUGUCAGAAGAGAACAGACAGAAAAAUCAGUAAAGAGCUCACUUGCAACAGAACAGAGAGACAUGAUCAGCCACAAUUCAAUAAAAGUACAACUGAUGAAGCUCGGGAGCUGA